GUGAUCCGGCAGCUCGAUCUACAUGUCAGACUCCUGGACAAGGAUGGACUCGUCUACACGCACUUCCUUGACCUGGUCCCAUUGGACGAUGGGAAGGCUGAUACAGUUGUUGCUGCCAUCAAACGCGUGAUUCAGGAGAAGGGGCUCCCGACUAACAAGCUAUACGGGCUCGGGACUGAUGGAGCAGCAGUGAUGACUGGUCGUCUGAAUGGUGUGGCCAAGCAGCUCACUGAUGAUAUCCCGUGGCUGGUGGCUGUGGCCUGCGCGGCCCAUAGACUGGCGCUGGCGUGUAAGGGCGCCUCAGAGACGGUGAAGUACAUGGCCACCUUCCGCAACCACCUACAGGACCUGCAUCUUUUCUUUCGCAACAGCGCCAAUCGGUCAGCCGCCCUGCGCAAUGCUGCCACCACACUCGGUUUGAGUGACCUGAAGGUCAAGGAAGUCAAGGACACAAGAUGGUUGUCGCAGGAGAUGGCAGUCCAGAAUCUGCGGAGGAACCUGCCAGCCGUCCUCUCUGCUCUUGCUGAUGAGGCCACCACCAGAAAGUGUCCAAUAGCCAAAGGCCUGUACACCUUUUGCGCAACAUACCGUUUUGUGGCUGCCCUGUACCUGCAGGUGGAUGUGUUGCCGCACAUCUGCCUCCUCUCAAAGGUGUUCCAGAAGGCCAACGUAAACUUCUUACACAUUAAGACGCAGGUUCCAGCCACACUGGCAACCAUCAGGAGUUUUUGGGAGGCAGGCGAGGCCCCACUGCCCAGGACUCACCUCCAUCGGCUUCAUGCGGACCUGGACGACCCUGUGGGACUUGGGCCAUUCAACAUCUGCCACGAGGAGGAGCGGGUCAGGAGGGGACGGGACCUCCAGGACCCUCCCAGGGACGUGCUGUGGGCCAGAUUUGUUAAAGAAGUGCUCAAACCAUACCUGAGUGGAUUGGAGAGCAACCUCAAGAACAGGUUCCCAGACGUCGAGUUGUUGGGGGCCUUUGUUGUGCUUAGUCCUCGGGCAGCAAUGGCAGACGAAGACACCAACAUUGAAAACCUUGACAUUCUUGCGAGGAAGCUCAUCCCAGGGCGGGAAGAAGACCUUAAAACGGAGUGGUACUCCUUCAAACCCCACCUCACAGGAGCUUUCAAGGACAACAGUCAAGCUGAGAUCAUGCAGAUGCUGGCAAGCGAGAACGAUGAGUGGGCUGAACUCUAUCCUCUACUCGGCAAGCUUUCUGCGGCUGGGCUGGUGAUCCCGGUCUCAAGUGUGAACUGUGAGCGAGACUUCUCGACGAUGAACCGGGUGAAAACUGACCUGCGAAAUAGACUUCAGGGGGAGCACCUGGCAGCAUGCCUCCGAAUAUCCAUAGAUGGACCGGAAUCGGAACACUUUCCAUACCAGAAAGCCCUGGAGAGGUUUUUUGACAAGCCGCGACGGAUCCACUGCUCAAACAGGCUGUGCCGUCUGUGCAACCAUUAA